AUGAGUAAUAACAAUCAACAUACACAAAACCAGCAACACAGUCAACCAGGAGAGCCAGGUCAUGGUACCCAUGGAGGCCAAAGAGGACACGCAGUAGGAGGCCAAGGCGGACACGCAGUAGAAGGUCAUGAAGGGCUUCGGACAGGUGAAGCUGGAAGUGGCUCUGGGAUGGGAGUCGGAGGACCCGGUGGAGCAGCACGCGGAGGUCGCGGCGGAGAUUCCAUUGAUGGAGAGUCAAGUGGAAGUGAUUUGACUCAAAGACUUCCAUUUGUUACAGGUAACGGGAAUUCAUCUCGAAAUCAGCCAAACGGAACGCCGAUGCGCCGGAGACCGAGUUCUGAUCGACCUAAUGGGCUGCUUCCUACGAUUCGUAUCAAUGUUAAUUACCAGGCCAUGAAAGAUUCCUUUAAGGACUUUCUGAGUAAUUACAAGGACGAAGAAGAUGUCCUGAUGGCCGAUGAAGGAAGUGAAACAAUCAACAUGCCCAAGUACAUGGCUCUUCUCCAGAAAAUUUCCAACCGUCAAGUCGACACUAUUCUAAUCGAGCUAGAUGAUCUUAAAAUUUACUAUACCCAGCUAGGAUUGGCUCAAGGAGGGAGCCAAAACCGUGAAUCAUCCUUGCUUUCCAACGUAAAUGAGAUUGUGCGCAAUACAACUCACUUUAUCGAGCUCUUUUCUCAAGUUGUUGACGAUCUGAUGCCCCAGCCUACCGUCGAUAUUGACUAUGAGACUUCUACUGUGGAUAUUAUCUUGUCGCAGCGUCGACAACGUAACGAAAAUGUUCAGGCUGACUUGGCUGCGCGCUCAGCUGCAAUCAAUUCCAACAAUCCAUAUGGUGUUCCCAACUUGGAUGUACUCGGCGCAGGAGUAAGUGCGGAAGUCGCAGCAGCCAUGGGUACUGAUGAAAUGACUUUCCCACCCCAGUUAACCAGACGCUACCAUCUCUACAUCAAGCCUCCUGGUCAAAAAUCUCAGUCAUACGCCAAAGCUUUGGCUGUACGUGAAAUUCGCGCAGAAUACAUUGGGCACUUGAUUACAAUUAAAGGUAUUGUGACUCGAGUUUCAGACGUGAAGCCAUCAGUUGAGGUAAAUGCGUAUACAUGCGACACAUGUGGUGCAGAGAAUUUCCAAGAAGUCAAGGGCCGUUCAUUUACCCCUUUAAUUGAGUGUCACUCGCCAGAAUGUAUCAGCAACAAGUCCCGUGGUAAGCUUUUCCUGUCCACACGAGCAUCCAAGUUUUCUGCAUUCCAAGAGGCCCGUAUUCAGGAAAUGUCAAAUCAGGUGCCCAUUGGUCAUAUUCCAAGAAACAUAUCUGUCCAUCUGACAGGCACAAUUGUGCGCCAAUUAUCACCGGGUGAUGUUGUGCAACUUAGUGGUAUUUUCACACCAACUCCGAUGCAAAAUGGUUGGCGCACCAAGGGCCGUGGUAACCCUCUGUUGACAGACACUUUUAUUGAUGCACAGUUUAUUGAGCACGAAAAGAAGAAAUAUGAUGCGCUGACGCUGACAUCAGCCGAGAUGGAGCAGAUUGAAGAAUUACACAGCCAACCAGAUAUUUAUGAGAAACUGGCCAAGUCAAUUGCACCAGAAAUUUACGGUAUGGAGGAUGUUAAAAAGGCAUUACUGCUAUUGCUUGUUGGUGGAGUCACAAAAGAAAUGGGUGAUGGUAUGCGUAUUCGUGGAGACAUUAACAUUUGCCUGAUGGGUGAUCCUGGUGUGGCCAAAUCGCAGCUGCUCAAGUAUAUUUCCAAGGUAGCCCCACGCGGCGUCUAUACCACAGGUCGAGGUUCGUCCGGUGUUGGUUUAACGGCGGCUGUAAUGCGAGAUCCGGUUACAGACGAGAUGGUACUGGAAGGUGGUGCACUAGUGCUUGCAGAUAACGGUGUAUGUGCUAUUGAUGAGUUUGACAAGAUGGACGACACAGAUAGAACAGCAAUUCAUGAAGUGAUGGAACAGCAAACCAUUUCAAUUGCAAAGGCUGGAAUUUCCACAACACUGAAUGCACGCACAUCCAUUUUGGCAGCAGCAAACCCUCUCUACGGCCGAUAUAACCCCAGAUUGUCUCCUGUGGAAAACAUUAAUUUGCCUGCAGCUUUGCUGUCGCGUUUUGAUUUGGUUUUCCUGUUGUUGGACACCCCAACUCGUGAGUCGGAUAUCCAACUAGCUCGUCAUGUCACGCUGGUGCAUCAAACUCUAGAAACUCCAGAUCUUGGGUUUGAUCCUCUAUCUCCUGCCAUAAUUAACCAGUACAUUUCGCGUGCUCGCCAGUUCCGGCCGACAUGUCCCAAAGAAGUUGCAGACAGCGUUGUUGCAGCAUAUGUGAAGAUGCGACAAGCACAUAAGAGAGAUGCAAACACUGAGCGCCAAUUUUCUCAUGUGACGCCACGUACGUUUUUGGGCGUGAUGCGGUUGGCACAGGCGCACUCACGGUUGCGGUUUUCGCAAACAGUUGCAUACCAAGACGUGGAGGAGGCCCUAAGGCUAUUAGAGGUAUGCAAGGCUUCGCUGACAUCGCCGGAAGAUGGGCCCAAUGGACGUACAGAUCAUAGUGAUUUUGAUGCGGAUGCCACGGUGCAGUCUAAGAUUUAUCGUGUGAUUCGUGAUUUGGCGUUUGGCGACGGGUCGCGAUUUGUGUCAUCGUGGGACAUGGAGACAGUACGCAAUCGGGUGUUUACCAAGGGGUUUACAGACGAGCAGCUGCAAGCGACGCUUACGGAGUAUGCAGAUCUACAGUUGUGGCAGGUCGUUGACAAUGGUGCUCGUUUGGAGUUUAUUUCUUAA